UUGCACACAUCAGCUCGGUGUUCGAUGAGUAAUGCCUGUUUCACUCCACGUGCACUUGUUUGGAGAAAGAUGGCGGCUCCCACUAGCGAGAUGGAAGUGGUCACAGCGAAAAAACCUAAAGUGCGAGGUCCGAGGAGAGUGGCCAAUCAGAUUCCUGAUGAGAUCCUCAAUGAUCCAGAGCUCAACGAGGCCAUUAAGGCUUUGCCAGCUAGCUACAAUUUUGAGAUCCACAAAACAAUAUGGAGGGUGCGUAAUGCCAAAGCCAAGAGAGGGACAAUGCUGCUAUAUAUGGUAGUGCGAGGUCCGAGGAGAGUGGCCAAUCAGAUUCCUGAUGAGAUCCUCAAUGAUCCAGAGCUCAACGAGGCCAUUAAGGCUUUGCCAGCUAGCUACAAUUUUGAGAUCCACAAAACAAUAUGGAGGGUGCGUAAUGCCAAAGCCAAGAGAGUGGCCUUGCAGUUGCCUGAGGGUCUGCAGAUGUUUGCCUGUGUGAUCGCUGACAUCAUUGAGAGAUUCACAGAGGCGGACACACUAGUGAUGGGAGAUGUGACAUACGGGGCCUGCUGCGUGGACGACUUCACUGCCCGCGCUUUAGGAGCCGACUUCAUGGUGCAUUAUGGGCACAGUUGUCUCAUCCCCAUAGACUCAACUGAGGGCAUCAAGAUGCUGUAUGUGUUUGUGGACAUCCAGAUUGACACUGCCCACUUCCUGGACACACUCAGGUUCAACUUUCCCCCUGGCCACUCACUCGCCCUCGUCAGCACCAUCCAGUUUGUGGCUGCUUUACAGGCAGCCAGUGCAGAGCUGAAGCCAGAUUAUGAGGUGUUGGUACCUCAGUGUCGGCCGCUUUCUCCUGGGGAGAUCCUCGGAUGCACCUCACCUCGUCUGGAGAAGAAAGUCAAUGCCAUCAUGUAA